CAGGCCCCGUGAUUCCGGCGGCUUCCUUUAUUUAUUUGGGCGGGAUGGGACAUCCCCGUUCUCCCUCCGGCUUGCUCGAACCUUCCUGCCAUCCCGCCUCUCAAUUUGCUGCGGUCAUACCCGGAAGUUGCACAACACGUGCUGCUGAGGCGGUGAGGACUUCACCAUGGCACCGCGAAGCUUCGUAGCGGCGGCAGCACUCGCCGGCCUGAUCUCGAGCGCUUCGGCGCUGUACAUCAAUGGCUCCGUCACGGCGCCGUGCGACUCGCCGCUGUACUGCCACGGCGAAAUCCUGAAAGCGAUUGAGCUUGCUCAUCCCUUCACGGACUCUAAGACAUUCGUUGACAUGCCCACGAUUCGGCCAUUGGACGAGGUGAUUGCAGCGUUCAACCGGCUGAGCCAACCGUUGUCCAAUAACUCGGAGCUCAAUGCCUUCCUGGCCGCCAACUUUGCGCCGGCCGGCGGCGAGCUCGAGGCAGUGCCCAGGGACCAGCUGCAUACCGAACCCAGCUUCCUCAACAAACUCGACGAUACCGUGAUUAAGGAGUUCGUCGCCAAGGUCAUCGACAUCUGGCCCGACCUGACCAGGCGGUAUGGCGGCCCCGGCAAUUGCACGGCCUGUGCCAACAGCUUCAUCCCCGUGAACCGGACCUUUGUGGUGGCGGGCGGCCGGUUUCGCGAACCCUAUUACUGGGACUCGUACUGGAUCCUCGAAGGCCUCCUCCGCACGGGCGGUGCCUUCACCGAGAUCUCCAAGAACAUCAUCGAGAACUUCCUCGAUUUCGUGGAGACCAUCGGCUUCAUUCCCAAUGGGGCGAGAAUCUACUACUUGGAUAGGUCUCAGCCGCCGCUCCUGGCACGCAUGGUAAGGAGCUACGUCGACUAUACCAACGACACCAGCAUUCUCGACCGAGCUCUGCCGCUCUUGAUCAAAGAGCACGAGUUCUGGUCCACGAACCGGAGCGUCUCCAUCAAGGCCCCCAAUGGGAAGACGUACACUCUGAACAGGUACUACGUCAACAACAACCAGCCGCGCCCGGAAUCGUUCCGGGAGGACUACAUUACCGCCAACAAUGGCUCUUAUUACGCCGCGUCUGGGAUAAUAUACCCGGUCAAUACCCCGCUCAACGACACUGAGAAGGCGGAGCUCUACGCCAACCUGGCCAGCGGCGCCGAGACCGGGUGGGAUUACAGCACGCGGUGGCUCAAGAACCCCAACGACGCCGCCAAGGACAUCUACUUCCCGCUGCGCUCCCUGAACGUGCGCGGGACGGUCCCGGUCGACCUCAACUCGAUCCUGUACGAGAACGAAGUCAUCAUCAGCCAGUAUCUCAAGCGGGCAGGCAACAACUCGGAAGCCGAGCGGUGGGCUUACGCGGCCAGCCAGCGCAGCGAGGCCAUGUUCGAGCUGAUGUGGAACGCCACCCACUGGUCCUACUUCGACUACAACCUCACCAGCAACUCGCAGCGCAUCUUCGUGCCCGUCGACGACGACGCCACCGCCGCCGAGCGCGCCGGCGCCCCCCGCGGCCAGCAGGUCCUCUUCAACAUCGGCCAGUUCUACCCCUUCUGGACGGGCGCGGCCCCGGCGCAGCUCAAGAACAACCCGCUCGCGGUCCAGCAGGCCUACGCCCGCGUGGCGCGCAUGCUCGACGAGAAUGCCGGCGGCAUCCCCGCGACCAACUUCGUGACGGGCCAGCAGUGGGACCAGCCGAACGUCUGGCCGCCGCUGCAGCACGUGCUCAUGGAGGGCCUGCUCAACACGCCGCCCACCUUCGGCGACGCCGACCCGGCCUACCAGUCGGUGCGCGCCCUCGCGCUGCGCCUCGCCCAGCGCUACCUCGACUCGACCUUCUGCACGUGGUACGCCACGGGCGGGUCGACGAGCCAGACGCCGCAGCUGCAGGGCGUGGCGCCGGGGGCCGAGGGCAUCAUGUUCGAGAAGUACGCUGACAACUCGACCAACGUGGCCGGCAGCGGCGGCGAGUACGAGGUCGUCGAGGGCUUCGGCUGGUCCAACGGCGUGCUGAUCUGGGCCGCCGACGUGUUCGGCGCGCAGCUGAAGCGGCCCGACUGCGGCAACAUCACGGCCGCGCACACGUCGGGCAGUGGCGCGCAGAAGAGGAGCGGCGGCUCGCUCGCCCGGCGGGCGGUCGAGCUCGACCCGUGGGAUGCCGCGUGGACCAAGAUGUUCGGUAGGAGCGCGCUCAAGAAGAGGGAGGACGUGAGGAAGCGGUGGUUGUUGGCUGCUUGAUGAUGGGCAGAAAUAUGGGGAAAGGAUCCGGUUGACGACGGAGAGCUUAAUAAUUAAGCGCUUGGCCUUAGUCUUUAGCUAAUGCUUUGUUUGCUAGUCAGGGAGUUCAUGAUGCGCAGAGAACUGAAGGGAGGCAUCCCCCCGCCCUACCGGUGCUCUGUGCUAGCUUCCUGGACGUAAUGAUACCUAAUGAACCGCAUGACAGCAAUGAUACUACCUAAUGAGUCGCAUGACACAUGGGGAACGUCGUAUGCGCGGAAGUAUUGAUAGACGACUUGUGGAGGCCAGAUGAGGGUAAGCAAUAGUUAUGCGAACGCACGCUCAACCCCAGAGCAGGAUGUGUCAUAAAGCAGGAUUCAUCAGAACAGAAAAGCAAAGAGCCGCCCACCGUUAACCGUCAAGUCCCAAUCCCAGCCAUCUCUCAUGAUCCCCGUCCAACGCCAAGAAGUAAAAAAAGUCCAUCAGGAACAAGCCGCCGACCGAACGCCAGUAUAAUAUAUGCAAGCAAACAGCCACCCCGUUUUUUGCGCUUGCUUGCUC